GCUGAAUAGACAAAAAAUGUACGAUGGUUUAUGACUUCAAAAAAGAAUAAAAGCUAAAAAUGUCAGUGUCCAAAGUGUCCGUUAAUUGUGGAAUGAGCCAGAAAGCGAGCAAUCCUCGUUGAUGGUCGAGUUCCUGCGUCUCAGCAGGUCCGGUACGAAGGUCUUGGGGGCGUGCGCGUCGAGCUUUUACGCAAUAAGAUUUUGGUUUGAAGGCUCCACUCCGCGGCAGCAGAAGCACAGCAGCAGCAGCGGCGGCAGCAGCGGCGGCGGCGGCGGCAGCUCGGCGGGCUUCCCUCUUUGCCCUCAGCGCGCUGCACAUCACCUUAUACGGCUCGGCCGGGGGCAAUACCCCCCCCCCCCCCCCAUCUCCAAGUAUGCCCUGCUCGUGAGCAGCCGCCACAGCCGCGUCCUCCCUUUCCCUUCAGUAGUCCCACUCGGCCAUGGGGAGCCCCGGCGGCAACGACAGCGCGCCGCGCAACAACUCGGACCGGUUCGCUCGCAACGAGGACGUGGCGCAGAUGGAGAUCCUGGUGCUGAGCGUCACCUUCGUGGUGGCCGUCGUGGGCAACGUCAGCGUCCUGCUGGCCAUGCACAACACCAAGAGGAAGAUGUCGCGCAUGCACCUCUUCAUCCGCCACCUGAGCCUGGCCGACCUGAUGGUGGCCUUCUUCCAGGUUCUCCCGCAGCUGUGCUGGGACAUCACCUACCGCUUCUACGGGCCGGACUUCCUGUGCCGGAUCCUCAAGCACCUGCAGGUGACCGCCAUGUUCGCGUCCACCUACAUGAUGGUCAUGAUGACCCUGGACCGCUACAUCGCCAUCUGCCACCCGCUCAAGACGCUGCAGCAGCCCACGCGGCGCUCGUUCCUCAUGAUCGUGUCGACGUGGACGUGCAGCCUGGUGCUGAGCGUGCCGCAGGCGUUCAUCUUCUCCCUGAGCGAGGUCGAGAACGGCACCGGCGUCAUGGACUGCUGGGCGCACUUCGUCGAGCCGUGGGGCGCGCGCGCCUACAUCACCUGGAUCACCGCGGGCAUCUUCCUGGUGCCCGUGGUCAUCCUGGUGGUGUGCUACGGCUUCAUCUGCCACAGCAUCUGGCGGAACAUCAAGUACAAGAAGCGCAAGAGCGCGGGGCACAAGGACGGCCUCAUCGGCAAGAACUCCGUCAGCAGCAUCACCACCAUCUCCAGGGCCAAGCUGAGGACCGUCAAGAUGACCUUCGUCAUUGUGCUGGCCUACAUCGUGUGCUGGGCGCCCUUCUUCACCUUGCAGAUGUGGUCGGUGUGGGACGACAAGCUCCAGUUCACCGAGUCGGAGAACAUGGCGGUGACCCUGACGGCGCUGCUGGCCAGCCUGAACAGCUGCUGCAACCCGUGGAUCUACAUGAUCUUCAGCGGCCACCUCCUGCAGGACUUCGUGCACUGCCUACCCUGCUGCCAGAGCGCCAACGGCGGCUUCCGCAAGGAGGACUCGGACAGCAGCCUGCGCAGGACCACGCUGCUCACCAAGGCCACCAACCGCAGCCCCACCGGCAGUUCCGGAAACUGGAAGGAACUGGACAACUACCCCAAAUCCCCCGCUCAGGCCGAAUAAACGGGCAGCCCGGCAACUGCUUACUGGGCCGUGGAACGGAAAAUGGAAAGUACACACGCAGUACGUUGCAAACACAGCCGAGUGUCGCGAGUGGAAAUGAGGACGCUGUAAAAAUUGAUGUUCCAGCUGGAUCGCCUGUGCCUGCAUCUGUCUCAAAGGCUCGCUGGGAUUUUGGAGACGACACGAAAACACAAAAGGCCCAACGCAAUUAACGCACCACUGGUGGCGCAGCGCAAGGCGCGGGGAGGGGGAGGGGGGGGGGGGCGGCUUUUUCCGUUGUUCUGUUGAAUGUCGACGUCUCGCGCAAAAGUUCGAUAGCGCAUGUCAGAGUGCAAGUGGCGUGCCCUUGCGCAUUGUGUGAAUGCUAUAAAACGGAGACACUCCCAAUUAGGCAAUGGGUUGUUUUUGCGUGACGUCACCCGUUGUGCUGCCUCGAACGGCGGCCAUUUUCCAUCCCUGAGCUCCGUUACCCAUACAUAUACGCAAGGCGGACGACGUUAUGUUUCUAACUGCAUUUACUGAAGACACAACCGACACCACAUCAAGCCCAGAGCGACUAUUAGAGAGUAGAUUAGAGUAUCGAUUAAGAUCGUGAGCUUAGCUCGGCGACGCGACGAUGGAGGUUGAAUCCAGCUAGCGCGAUAGCAGUGUCGGGAACUCAUCCACAAAGCCAAGUCUCCAUGAAGCACGGUGCCGCAGAACGUACAAAGUCUUUCGUCGGAAGCGCUCGACAAUGUCCCCGCUGACGCAGCCGGACUCAUGUAGCGGAUCGCGAGGCUUUGAAGAGGUAGGGACUAGCAACUCUGGAAAAAAAGCUUCAGCAAAUUAGCGAGAGUUGUCGAAAAAAAAUCAGAAGAAGGCUGCCUGAUGGUUAGCAAGUCCUCUCUUGCGUACGUGAGUCCGUAGACGCCCGUGAAACACAAACUCAAAAACAGUAACAGAGAGCAUUCCGGAGACUUCCGCACUCUUAGGCGUUAGGUAGAGAGGUUAAACGGCAGCGCGCAGUGGUGUGUGGCUAAUUCAGCAAAGCAAAAAAAACAAAAAAACGUGGCGUCAGUCAAAACAACCCAUUGUGCGUGAAAAGCAACACGUCUUGCUCUUAUCGUUGUGUGAAUGCUGAGAGACGCCAAGCCCCGCUAUUUGGGGGGGGGGGGGUCGAGCAAAGCACUGAAAAGACACAAAUUCAUAAGGCAACAACAGCAGGCUUGAAGCAUGUUCAUAAUCACGAACCUGCGCUGCAUAAACGACUGUACAUAAGCACCAGUACACCGUGGUGACCCUUCAGAAGAUUUUUAAGUGCUCAUUUGUUAGUGGAAGCACGAUCAUUUGUUUUUUCGCAGCCCAAAGACUUUUGAAUUAUUCUGCUUUUUUUUCCCCCACAAGAAGAACCCCCCCACCCCCCUCAAAAAAAAAAAAAUGCUAAUCUUAUAUGUUAUUCACAUGCUAUGACAUGCAGUGAUGUAUACAUUUUAAAGCCGCCUUCAUUUCGUUCAUCCGAUGGUGUUUGGACUCCCGGGGGAGCGAAAGAACCAUAAUUGUGUCUUUUUAGGACCAAACGUUGUUGCUUUGUUUGAAUCCAAAUAUUAUUUUGUUCGUGUCGGGAUUUUUUAAUAUCCUUGAAGAAAAUUUAAUCUUUUAGAACUGACAGGUGGUUGGGCAGAGUAAACUAGUCGCUCACAUGUUCCAAAGAAAUCUGCGCGUGAUACUUUCUUUACGUUUUUGAAUGAAAAUCAAAACGUGAAAAAAGAACGAUAAACGAUUAACUCGGAUCUGUUUGGAACUUGUGAUCUGUUUCUUUGCUCGGCCCUGACGCGCCGUCGCGGUUGGACUCUUCGGGAUCGCCGCUGUGAAACCGGUGGUUUGGAGUAACAAUGUAUCCAAAACGUCAUGAAAUAUGGACGCUAUCUUGGUCAUGUGAUGUCAAAUUCUCUCUCGUUUAAUAGCGUUUCGAGAUUUUUUUAACGACAAUUACGAAUUUUCAGGCAUGCCGCCAUUUUUGCCAGUCACAUGACCUACGCGCGGGGACGUGACGCGUUACGCGCCGUUCCAAACGCGCGAUUACAUGAGACACCGUUUAUGCCCAGCGCGGAUUUCUCGGAUUUAUCCUCAUCUGAUCAAGAAAUAGUAUCGGUUGAUUGGGAAGACGGAGGAAUACUACCGUACAGAUUUGAACCUGCGGCUGUAAAUAAUGUUGAAUAUUCGGAUGGUUCUUCGGGCGGAAUGACACGGAGUCUGACGAGCGAGCUCCGUCGAGCGGCGGAGCCGUGAGCUCGCUCUCCGGCGAGUCCCGUAGCGAGCUGGCGGCUCCCCGGCGAGCCCCGUAGCGAGCUCACUCGCGAAAAUGGCGGGGCACCUGAAAAUUCGUAAUUGUCAAUAAAAAAUCUUCUCAAAACACGAUUAAAUCAUAUUUAACAUCAGAUUAUCAAGAUAGAGUAUCUAUUAGAUGACGUAUUGGUUACUUUGUUACCCCCAAACCACUGGAAUUUCCCUUUAAACAUUGAUGACUUUAUCUCGAAGGAGACUACAAGGUGAGAUCGCAUAAAGGCAGCGGAAACGAUGUCCCGGCAUCGGCUGAAAGCCCUGACGGAUCGCUUCAUUCGGCCGCUCGCUCAGGGACGGAACCUUUCGGCGUUUCGCACGCGACCGCCGAGGGAACCGCAUGCUGGGGGUUGCUUAUAGAAAGCCGAAUUCCAAGAAUCGGUGGUGAUUAUAUCGCGCAGCGGCGCAGGGCAACCCAACCCCCUUUUUCCUGUCCAGGUUUCUACAAAGAUAAAACCUCCCCGGAGGCCUCCGAGGUGGUGAAAAGAUCUUGCGGAAUUCGGACUGUGCAGCAAAGAACCCAGGUCAACCGUCUUGGUGAUCUGGCCGUUUUUUUUUUUUGCAGAUGUUCCGUCGUGUCUGUCCCCAUUUGUUUUUUUUUUUUUAAAUCGAGCUCGCUCUCGGUCCUUUUUCAUGUCGCGUCACGACUCCCGCCAGGACGGUUCUCGUCUGACUUCAAACGCCAGGGAGCCCUUUGAAAACGGCAAGCGUUCGGCAGGAUGCUCGGAUGCGCCGAGAGAGAGGCCCGUCACCGGCGCACCUCCCGACCUCGGCGUGCUCGGCGGGGGCUCGCGCAUUCCUCGAACGCCACGUCAGCUUUCCUCUCCUCUGGCGUCUUGCGUCGAUGACCGUCUGCGUGGUGGGAACGGGGAGGGGUGGGGGGCUUUGCUUGGGCUUCAGAUAUACAUACGCAAUUGUCGCGACUGUACUUUUGCCGAAACCCCGUGGAUUUUUUCUUUUUCUUUUUGUAACUUCAUAUCAAACAUAAUCGCCAAACGUUGCCCGUCACGACUUCCACCGAGAUAUCAAUGAAAUCUCAAUUAAACAUCUAAGUCAAAACCGGUAUAACUUUGAUAAAUUGUUAAAUUCCCCCCGCUAAGAUCUUGCGCGCAGUAGCAGUAAUUGCCGAGUGGCAAGUAUGCAAUCUGCCAGGGGGGUUUUCAAAUGUGGAUGAUAUUACUGUUGCCAUAGUGACUCGAAUGUGAAGCCAACCCUGUAUCCGCACCUUUGUACCGAUCCUCGCCAAUUUCAACCUCCGACCGUGUGACAACUCUCAUUAGCCGCCUGUCAAAAAGUCUUUUGUUGCCGGCGUAAAAUCGAACGCGCGGCACUGUACGCACCUGGUGUAUGAUUAGCAUUUGUUUUGAAACUGUAAAUACGGGUAAUAAAUUUAAUUCUCUGUAA